AUGGGGGAUUUCAAUGAUAUUUUGGAUAGCUCGGAAAAGCAAGGAGGUAACAAUCGUACAGAGCGGAGUAUGCAUGACUUCCGUUCCUUUGUGGCUGAUAGUCAGUUGCUUGAUCUGGGUUUUGUGGGUUAUCCUUUCACUUGGCGUAAUAGGAGGCAGGAAGGUGGUAUACAGGAACGGCUGGAUAGAGGGUUGGGGUCUACUUUAUGGCUCCAACACUACCUUGAGGCUACCGUUUUUCAUCAGGCAGUGGAAGGCUCUGACCACUCUAUGUUGCUCCUUCAGACUCAUGUAGUGAAGAAAAGGAAGAAAGGUAGAUUUAUUUAUGAUCUGAGAUGGGGUGGUCAUGAGGGUUGCAAGGAUGUGGUAGUACAUCGGUGGGCUAAGGAACUGCGAGGCUCCAAGUGUGAUCAAGUGCAUGGCAAGUUAAUUUGGUUUCAGAAAGGUUUAUUAGAUUGGAAACGCAGAGAAUGGAGGAAUUCUCAGGUCUGCAUUGAUGCUCUCAGGACUGAAUUGCGAGCUGAGUAUCAAAAAACUGUGUUUGAUUCAAGUACUGUGAAGGAGUUGGAAUUUAAGUUACUGUCAGCACUUAAGGAAGAGGAGAUUUACUGGAAGUUGAAAUCCAGAGUGCAAUGGUUAACUGAGGGGGAUAAAAAUACCAAAUUUUUCCACACUACGACCUUAGCUCGACGUCGUCGUAAUUUAAUGAAGGGUCUGGAAGAUGAAUUUGGCCAAUGGCAGGAUGAUACUCAGGAUAUGAAGCGAAUUGCUUUUGAGUAUUUUUCAAAGAUUUUUACAACUGACCGUCCAACACAAAUUGUGGAGAUUACUGAGUGUGUGACUCGGAAAGUGCAGCCCCAGCAAAAUGCCUCUCUAAUUAAACCUGUGUCUGACACGGAAAUUGUGGAAGCUGUCAAAGCUCUGCACCCAACAAAAUCUCCGGGACCGGAUGGCUUCACUGGUAGUUUUUAUCAACACUAUUGGGAGGUAAUUGGUGCGGAUGUCAUUAUGGCCGUUAAAAGUUUUUUUGAGACUGGGCGCAUGUCAAGAGAAAUAAAUCGUACCUUUAUUUUUUUGAUCCCGAAGAGCGAGAACCCUACUAAGAUUACACAGUGGAGGCCAAUUGCUCUAUGUAAUUUUCUUUAUAAAAUUAUUUCUAAAGUGCUAACGAACAGGUUGAAACAAGUCCUACCAUCUGUGGUUAGUCUGAACCAAUCGGCUUUCGUACAGGACAGGAUGAUUAUGGAUAACAUUUUGAUUGUGCAUGAGAUUUUACACUCUAUGAAAUCUCAUAAAGGCAAAGGUAAUCAUAAUGUGGCUCUCAAGUUGAAUAUGGCAAAGGCUUAUGACAGAGUUGAAUGGUCCUUCUUGGAGGAGAUGUUGCACGCACUUGGUUUUGACUUCCGGUUUAGUCAGUGGAUCAUGGAAUGCAUUGGUACAGUGUCCUACAAUAUUUUGGUUAAUGGUAAACCCACGGGCCACAUAUUACCUACGCGGGGUAUUUGGCAAAGGGAUCCUCUCUCUCCUUUUUUAUUCUUAAUUUGUGCGGAAGGGUUAACUGCUAUGAUUCAUAAGGCAGAGGCGAGGCGUAGCCUUCAAGGCUUUAGAUUCUGUGCGACUGGCGUCUCUGUUUCUCAUUUAUUCUUUGCGGAUGAUGCAGUCUUAUUUUGUAAAGCAGAGGAAGCUGAAGUGGUCUGCUUAAAGCGUAUUUUGAGUACCUAUGAAUCUGGUUCCGGCCAGCGCAUUAAUCUUGACAAGAGCUCUGCUCUAUUUAGCCCAAAAUGUCCCGACUAUUUACGCCAACAGUUGGUUGACAUCCUCGGUGUACAGGAAAAAGAAGGUUUUGGGAGAUAUCUGGGUUUGCAGGCUGAUUUUGGUGCUUCUAAGAAAGCUGUGUUCGAAGGGGUCCGUAAGCGCCUGUCUACCAAACUUUUAGGUUGGUCUGAGCAUUCUUAUCUCAGGCAGGCAAGGAAGUUCUGA